AGUGGGUUGUGAGCUUAAAAAGCUUUCGUAAUUCAGCCUUUUUGUCAGUUUUAAGUUAAGUAACUUAGUUAUUAUAAUACUUUCUAAAACUGUGUCUGUAAUUUAGCUUUCUGGUUUUGAAAACGCUCAUUUUAUUUUCUUAAAGUAGUCAAAAUAACAGUGAAUUCGCAACUUUUAAAUCACAGACCAGUUCACAAUACCUUUUGAAAAUGGCAAGUUCUGUAGAUUCAGUUCAUAAAAGUUCAGAUUCAGUGAAAGACUAUUCCUGUGUUGGAUGCCUAAGUCAAAAUAUAGAAAAAAGUGCUGACUUUUUUUGUGAAACAUGUUUCAAGUGUUUUUGCGAAAAAUGCCUUUAUCAUCACAAUCAAGUAUUUGUAAACCAUGUGACAUAUGGAAGAAGAGAAACAAAUAAAUGGCCUCUUGAAAAGGCAUUUGAGGAUUUGCUACUGAAAUGUGAUGUUCACAACAACAAGAAACUGAAAAUGUUCUGCCACGACCACAGUCAGCUGUGCUGCUCGGAUUGUGUUUUACUGAAUCACAGACAGUGUACAAAUUUGGCUCUAAUUUCGGAAUCAGUCAAAACGCUGUCUGUGGAUAUGCAGCCGUUGUCAAAAAAAAUUCAAUCAAUUAUUGCUGAUCUAAAUAAGUUUAAGAGAGAACAAGAGACCAGCAUUCUGUCCAUUGACCGAUCAUAUAGUGAAAAACUGCAAGAAAUCAGAAACCAGCGUAAGAAAUUAAAUGCAGCUCUUGAGGAACUAGAAAAUACAACAUUGAAAGAACUGGAUGAAAUAAGGACCACAUUGCAAACCUCUCUUAAGAAAGAUGUGGACAGCUGUGGCAGACUGAAGGAUGAACUGCAACAACUCAGUGAUGCUGUACAGGGCCUUUGUGAUAAGAGCAUUCAAGACAUAGAGUUCAUAGCCAGCAGGAAAUGUCUGGAUAAGAUACAAGAGUCUGAGAGAUAUCUGAAGGAGAACCCAGUGAAGGUUCAGAGUUCAAUAAUAUUCAAGGCAAACAGCGAUAUUGAGCAGUACCUGUCUCAACAGUCUGAUCUUGGAAGGAUUGUAGACAGUAUGCAGUCUCUGAAACUUAAGAAAAAUCCAGACCAGGUGUUGACUGUAAAGAGUAAAUCUGAGUAUAAUGUGAAAAUAUCAAAUGACACAAGUCCUAAUUGCUCUAUCAGAGGCAUUUGCAGCCUUUCUAGUGGUUAUAUCAUUGUUGCAGAUCACUCUAAUAAGAAAGUGAAACUGUUGGACAAGAAUUACAAGGUUUCCAGUCACUGUGAUAUGCCUAGUUCUCCAUUGGACAUUUGCCAAAUCACAGCAAGUGAAGUGGCUGUGACUCUUGAUGGUGCCGAAGUGCAGUUUAUGUCUGUAAGCAAUGGGCAGCUGGUGAAUGGAAGGAAGUUACAGUUGCCACAUGCUGCUGUUGGCAUUGCCCAUCAUCAGGGAGGAUUGUAUAUCACCGAUCGCACUGCACUCUACCACUACACCCUGACUGGGAACCUUGUGAAAAAGCUUUAUAAAGGAGAUAUAAAUUCACCAUGGAAAGUGUUCAAAUGUGCAUUGAGUCCUGCCGGUGACAGGAUCUAUGUUACUUCAGUCUAUGAAUCUAUGCACUUCAACAAGUCCGCUCUCCUCACACUGGCCACAGACGGCAGCCUGAUAUCUACCUUCUUCGUUCCUGAACUAGCAAUUCCACGUGGUGUCCAUGUCACUCCUGAUGGACAAGUCCUUUGCUGUGCAUACAAUACUGUAUUACAGGUGGAUCACGAGGGUAAAAAGAAACUGGCAACUCUGGCUUCACAGAGAGAUGGACUUCGCAAUCCAAUAUCUGUCUGCUACAACAGCAACAUUCACCAGAUCAUUGUGGGACAACAUGAGAACAAUAAAAUCAUUGUUAUUGAAUUGCAAUAGCUCUUUCAAUGGAUGAAAACAUCAAUAUAAACACGGUUAUAAAUGUAAUUUCCAAUUAUUCUUUGAAUGACAUAUUUAGUCAUAUCAGUUUAUAUAUAGGUUAAGCACAGCAUAAUUCUACAUUUUCUUUUAUUAUAAACUAUUUAAUAAUAUAUAUUUUUAUGCCCCCCUUCGAAGAAGAGGGGGUAUAUUGUUUUGCACAUGUCGGUCGGUCCGUCAGAGGUCCGUCCACCAGAUGGUUUCCGGAUGAUAACUCAAGAACGCUUAGGCCUAGGAUCAUGAAACUUCAUAGGUACAUUGAUCAUGACUGGCAGAUGACCUCUUUUGAUUUUCAGAUCACUAGGUCAAAGGUCAAGGUCACAGUGACUCAAAAUAGUAAAAUGUUUUCCGGAUGAUAACUGAAGAAUGCUUAGGCCUAGGAUCAUGAAACUUCAUAGGUACAUUGAUCAUGACUGGCAGAUGAUCCCUAUUGAUUUUCAGGUCACUAGGUCAAAGGUCAAUGUCACAGUGACAAAAAACGUAUUUACACAAUGGCUGCCACUACAACUGACAGCCCAUAUGGGGGGCAUGCAUGUUUUACAAACAGCUCUUGUUAAAUGAGUUGUUUUAAUGCACCUUAGAGAUUGUACCAUUUAAAACGAUCAUGUAUGACAAUUUUCUAGUGCUGCAACAAUACGCCAAAAAACGUAUUGCAAUAUAUUGUCAGUUCAAAAACCCGUAUUGCAAUAUAUCGCAAUAUAUUGCUAACUAUUACCAAAAUUAUAACUUGCCAAUUACCCGAUAAUCCCGUAUAUUACAGUUUUAAAGCAAAUUUUGGUAAAUAUUUACUAUAUACCGGUACAUGUGCUCAAGAAUAACAAGAAACACAAACAUUUGCAACUUUUCUUAAGUAUCAAAUACAUUUUGGCAUUUGUAACUAUUUAAAGAUGUGAUGAAAUAACGUCCAACCCGGGCGUUUUUUUCCACUGAACACGCGUAAUUCACCUGACGUGAUGUUCCCAUUUUUAUACAACACAAAAUACACCCAUACUGUCCAUGCGACGUUCUACAUGUCUGUAUAAUUUUCGCUCGCUUUUUAUUGAGACAAAGGAUAAAGCACUUUUUAUUUGACGCUUUAAAUUUUUAUUGUCGCAUUAGCAUUAAAAUUUUUGAGCAUAUUUCCAAAAUUUGGAUUACAAAUUUAAUAAUGCUCAAUUCAGAAUCGAACAAAACAUUUACAGCUGUGCGCAAUUAAUUCAACGAUAAUCUGUUCAAAAGCAUCGAACGAAUGCUCCGAUGUAACAACGUUACUCCGUAUAAUAUACUUUUCAGAAUGCUAUUUUUACGAAAAAAAAUAUUUACACUGCUUUGUUUUGUUUACCUUGUUAUCAUUAUUUCGGAUGGCUUUUCUGGACGAAAUGUGAAUGAAUUUUUGUAAAUUUUUUGUACCGGUAUGAUGAACAUCGUAUCGCAAUACAAUAUGCUGAUUGCGUAUUGCGAUAUAUACCGAUAUACCGGUAUAUUGUUGCAGCACUACAAUUUUCUAUGUUGAUUCUGAUUAGUUUUUGUGUGUGUUUUUUGUCAGGUAUUGUUUGUCACUUAACAAAUGUUAUAAUAAAUAUACAUUUAUUAUGUUAAGUGAAUGCAUAUAUUCUAAAUAUGUUUCAUUAUCCUAAAGCAAUUAGGAAAAUUAUGUUUCUGUCAUUGAUGUAUUGCUGUUUUUCAAUAAAAAUAAUGGUAUUUGU